AUGAUGUGCACGUGCCUUUUCGAAGGGGGCGCUGCUGCCGCCGCCGCCUCGAGGAUCGCCACUGCGAAUGACGGGCUUGGCUGUUGCAUCCAUGCCUCAAGCUCGGGCACAACUCCAUGGAAGUCUUUGCCGGUGCCGUCACGGAACACUGCAGCGCUACAAGGUACGAGCGGAUUCUGUAGAGCCGCGUGGAGUUUCGCUCUUGGGGCAGUUGCCUUGGCGAGAGCAAGACGAUCGCGGCCAAGUUUGGUGCUUCAUGGCGUCCAGCAGCAAGUCACAGAAGUGCUGGAAUCUAUGGACGACAUACCCAGCCCCCACUUCGUGUCAGGGGAUAUAACAUCUGAUGUAACCGUGCUGAAGGGCUCAGUGCCCUUGUGUUGGCCCAUCGACGUAGAGGCCCUGCUGGACGUGUGCAGGCAAGCUCCAUUUGGACGGGGCCAGGAGACGGUCAUGGAUCUUAAUGUGCGCAGCGUCAUGGAAACUGCGGAGGUUGUCGUCCAGUGGCCUGACCUGCCAGAAGUCUUAAACAAGGUAGAAACAGAGCUGCUGCCUGACACUAUCCUCCGUGCGGAAUUCGACAAGCUUCUGAUAUACAGACCAGGCGAUUUUUUCAAAGCGCUCGGAUAA